AUGCUGAGAUUUAACGGCAAGGAAGAGUCGCAAAACGGCUUUGAAGAUGUCGAGCGUGAGAACGGUGAUAAAUCCAAGUACACAUAUUCGCCUCAACCGCCAACACCCGUUUCCCGCCCGAAAUCACCGCCAAUGCCAACCCAGACGCGCAACUCGCGCCAUUCCUUUAUAUCUCAAGACAAUCUUACACCUUCCAAAGGAAGUCUUUACUUACCAUCAUCUAAACAAGGAGUACAUCCUGCUGAUGCCGCCGCGGUGCUGGCUUCAUUAGCGCCCAAUAAUUCUAAAGACAUUUACUUACCUUCCGAAAUAUCGUUUCCUUCCCCUCCAUCAAAAUACUCCGUAGACGAUCCUAAAAAACAUUUGAAGCGUAGCGUAAGCUUUAAUAAUAGUCGUCGCACUUCAUCACCACGACAACAACAGCCAUACCUUGAUAUAGCCGAAGCACUGGCCACGUCCACUUCUCUGAUACGUGAAAAUAAUAAGAGAAUCCUAAAUAUGGAGCACUAUAGUGAUAAUGAAAUAGACGCUUAUAGCGAUGAUGGCGCCGAUGGCGCCGAUGGUCCUGAUAUAGAGUUUGAGGAACAGAUUGUAUGUCUCAGUACCGAACUAAUGAACAUGCAAGAGCGAUACAAUGAACAACUCCUAGGCAAAGACCAGCUGAUCAAGGGGCUUGAGAACGCAGUCAAGAAGCACGAGCAUGAAGAAAAGAAAAGAAAGCACGAAAUCGAACGAUUAGAACGUCAAUUAGAAGUCCAGCGAAAGGCAAUAUCCGAAUUGGCCGACCAGCAACACCACGAGGCUGAAUUAGCAACUCGUGCAAAUAAUACCGACCCAAAAGCUCUCGAGACUGCCCGACGUCGAGAGCAAGAACUGCGUGAGAAAGACCGUGCAAUCGAAGAACUCAACCGGCGAAUAACCAUCGCUACCCGAAAAGCUGCCGACGCUGUUGAAAAAGAGUCUAAACUUGUAGCUCUCGAAGCACAGCUUACCAAGUACUAUGCUCUCGAAAACGAGUGGAAAGUCAAAGAAAAAACUUUCGAAAGUCUUUCGACACAGGUCGAGUCUAUCAAAAAGCAAGAGUGCGAAAUAAACGAAAAAAAUGCUCUUAUCCGAACACUAGAAACCCGUCUAGAGUCUACAUCAAAAGUUAUUGCCGAGCUUAGAGAAAAGCAUGCUCCACACGACUUGCUGUGGCAACUUCGACAGAAGGAUUACAUCAUCGAUAAUCUCACCCAGCAAGUAGAAGAUAUUGACGCUAAUCUCAAGAUCAAAGACGAUGAGAUAGAAUGCCUCACGCAACGAAUAGCCGAAGAAAGCAAACUCUUGGAGAAACUAAAAGAGCAAAACAAGCAACUCGACCCCUUUCGGGUUCGUGCCGAAGACGCUGAAAUGAGGGUCGGCCAACUAAAGAGACAGCUUGCUGAGAAAGAACGGCUUCUUGCUGAAAAAGAAAUGAGAUACAAUGACGCCACAAAAUCUUCGAGAGAAGGUUCCGAAAAGCUCCGCAGUCAAGAGCUCAACCUUGCUAACCUUCGUCAAGAAGUUGAAGUGCUUAGGCAAGCAGUGAGCACUCAAUCUCAAGAGGCACGUGAUAAAGAAACUCUUCUUGCCAACUUGCGCAACGAGACUGCACACAUGCGAUCCAAUUACCAAGGUCUUCUCGAUGCUCUCACGGAGAAAGAUCUCAAGAUCCAACAAUUAGAUCAGCAAAUAGAAAGCCUUCACUCGGUCGCUAACAGUGCGUCCACCGAAAAAGACAGCAAGUUUAUCAAGAACGAAGUCCGUCUCAAUGCUCUUCAGAAAGUCCUCAACAGUAAAAUCGAGGCGUGCAGAGACUAUGAAAGGAAGAUUGCCGAAUUGGAAGAAGAAUUCGACUGUCUCAAGAAACAAAUGGAAGACUCGAAAACAGCGGGCACCGAAAAAGAGGCCAAAAUCAACCGUCUUCUCAAGGUAAACCGUGAGCUCAAGACUGAAGUUACGCAACUCAAACAGAAAAUGGAAGAAAAGGAAAAAGAGCUUGUGGCUAUGAGAUCUCGUAUCCCAGGUCCAUCUCCCGGUUCGAUUCCAAAUGCUUCCGAACGCAAACCCAGAUCUCGCUCCACUUCUCGUGUUAGAUCGUCUUACAGUGGUGAAAGUAGCAGCGAUGAGGCCAAUGGUAGUCGUAUUCGCAAGCACUCUAGCAUGAGUGGUCUUGGCCGUACCCCACUCCAGCGAUCCAGCUCCUUUACAGCAUUAUCGAGCGUCACUCCUAGACGUGUCUCUGAUAGUCCUAGACUCUCACUGAACCGCACUAAAUCGACUACGUCAACAUCUUCGACUGAUCAACGACGAGCAUCUGUCGUACCAGCAAAGAGGGAAGCGAAAAGGGACAUUAAAUCACGUCCCAUGUCGACAUCUUCUGUCGAUAUGCUCAAGAAAUCAGUUACCAGCACCAAAUCACAAUCGAGACCAAUCAACCGCUCGGCCGUCGCUCAAUUCCAACGCGAACACAAGGUCUAUAAUCAAAUACGCAGCGGUGUAACUCCUAAGAAAACCACUAAGUUGUCUUCUGUACCCGAAAACCAUGCAGCGGGUACUAGAAGGCUAACCAGUGCCAAUGUAGAACGCAAGAAACUCAGCGACCUUAAUAUCGACGCUGCUGCUAGCAGAUCGCCGACAGUCGCGAGGACAUCCCCACCAUCUCCAACAAAAUCAAGGAAUUCAUUGACCCGCCCAUUGCCAUCCAAGAAAACGUCCGACAAUUAG